CAGCUGCAGUGUCGAGAGCGCUGUGCUGCCGCUGCAUGUGUCUCAGUGUUCGAGGCUACACUAACUCCUCCAACCUAAUUAAAAACCUCCCUCAGAAAACUCCGCAUGUGGUUUCCUCCUCCUGCCCUCUCAACAACUGCAAUGAAGGAAUGUAUCCGUUUGUUCUGAAGUCGCACUGAUCACAGAAGAAAUGUGGUCUCUCGGCUGACUUUUCCCCCGCGUCGAGUGAACAUCUGAGUGAACCGGACCUGUCGAUUCUCCCUGGCGACUCCUGCAGCAUCCUCCAAAAAAAAAAAAAAAAAAAAAAAAAAAAAAUCUUUUUGUUUGUUAAAUCUCACACGGGACAGCGACUGAGCGCAGGCUGAAUACAUGGAUAAUAACGCUGCGAAUUCGGAGAAAUCUCAACUGAUACACGAGAAGAGUGCGAAAAUGUAUUCUCUAAAACUACAAAGGUCCUUCCCAGACUCCAAAGAGCAAUAUCCCGACUUCCCUCUCAAGAAUGGAGGCACGGCCGGUGCCAUCGAGCUUAAGCGACCCGUCGGUGCCCACUGCCAUGGUGCCAAAGCCCCGGCGUGUGACGUGAGCGGUGACAGGCUGCUGGCCAAAAGGAAGCUCUGCAUCGCUUCGGCCGUGUGCCUCGUCUUCAUGAUUGGCGAGGUCAUAGGAGGCUACCUGGCCCACAGCCUGGCCAUCAUGACUGACGCAGCCCACCUCCUGACGGAUUUUGGCAGCAUGAUGGUGAGCCUGUUCUCCCUGUGGAUCUCCUCCAGACAGCCCACCAAAACCAUGAACUUUGGUUGGCACAGAUCAGAGAUCCUCGGGGCAUUCAUCUCAGUCAUUUCCAUCUGGAUCGUCACAGGGGCGCUGGUCUAUUUAGCCAUCGAGAGGAUCGUACGCAACGACUACGAGAUUGAUGGCCAUGUAAUGUUAGUCACCUCCGGGUGUGCCGUCAUCGUCAAUAUAAUCAUGGCCUACAUCCUCCAUCAUUCCACCACCUUCCACGGCCACGGCAGCGGCUACCACCAGAUAGACGAGGGAGGCCAGAGCCCCGUCGCCCACGGCCACUCCCACACGCUCCUCGGUGGCCAUAGCAACACGAGCGUCCGCGCCGCCUUCAUCCACGUGGUGGGAGACCUGCUGCAGAGCGUCGGCGUCAUGGUGGCAGCGAUCAUCAUCUACUUUCGGCCCGAGUAUAAAGUUGCAGAUCCCAUCUGUACGUUCCUGUUCUCCGUCUUUGUCCUCUGCACCACCGUCACCAUCCUCAGAGACGUCUUCAGGAUACUCAUGGAAGGCUCUCCUAGAGGAAUUGAGUUUAACUCGGUAAAGGAGGUGCUGCUGUCGGUGAAGGCUGUGAAGUCUAUGCACUCUCUGCACCUCUGGGCCUUGACUCUGGGCCAGGCACUGGUCUCGGUUCACCUGGCCAUAGAGGAGGGUGCCGACGCUCAGUCUGUGCUGCAGGAGGCCACCGAUCUGCUCAACACCAAGUUUGGUUUCCACAGCAUCACCAUCCAGGUGGAGCUCUACUCUGAAGACAUGAGCCACUGCUCCCACUGCCAGGACCCCAGUGACUGAUACGGGACCAGACUGGACCCAACAUCCAGGAACAUAGAGCGGCUCAGGCAUUGUUUUUGCAUUCUCUCUGGGUGAGCUGGAGCAGUGAGAGCUGCACUCACAAUGUAGCUUCCUGUUAAAGGAGCCAAAAGCGCUUUAUGGUAAAUUUGUUGUGUUCGUCAUUAAGUCACAAAUCAUCCAUGUGUUGGUAGUAGAGUGCUGACGCUGGAGCUCCAUGCUAACAUGGAACUAAUCUUGCAGUCCUCCCGUAAAGUUCCUAAAAAAAAAAGAAAAAAAAGGGGGUUGUAUGGUACUCUAGUCCUCAAGGUUGCAUGGAGCUUUUACCACAUACUGGGACAGGUGCUGGCUUGCAAAGAAAUCUAUCAAAAAAUAAAAUAAAAGAAGUAAGAGAACAAGAGUCCUAAUGGAUAACAGUUUUUUCUAAAAUGUCAGCCUGUCCUAAAAAAUGAUGCAACAGAACCAUAUAACCUCCCUCCAUCUCACCUCAUUGACAUCUGAAAUUCUGAGCCCAAACACAAGAUCGCACUACAGUACUCAUUAAAGCUAUAUGUAACUUUUUUUCCGCACUUAGAAAUGUCUAAAACAACAAAACCCAUGCUAUGUAUUUUGUUGUGUACUUAUCCAAAUGUUUCCAACAAUGUUCAAACCCAGAGAAACCUGUCGUUUCAUUCAAGGUAAUGCUCCGUUACAGUUGGUCGCCUGUCGCUGGCGUCAAAUCCCCUUUGUGCAAGCGUCAGCGUUGUGGCCGUCUGCCAGAAGCUGUCAUAAAUUGGCUUAUUAUCCUGUUUUGAGCCACAUUUUUAAGAUAUACUUUUUAGAUCUUGGUGAUCUAUUUCUAACCGGAUGAAAGAUUUUAGUCAUCGGACAUCUGGAUCUUAAGUUUUCAGUGAAACAAGCUGAGCAAAUGUUAGCGGAAGCUCGGCUCGCGGCCCCUUUCGCAGACAAGCCGAACAGCAUUGGAGAAACAGUAUUUUAAAGCAAAACUGCUUUAUCCAGUGUUUUUACUGGGGAUGCACCAAAUCCAGAUUUCUGGGGUUCGGCCAAAUACCAAAACCACUGGUUAUGAUUCUGCAGAAUCCGAAACCAAAUACCGAAUCCGAC